AUGUCAACUUUGAAAAUAUAUAAUAAUAAAGAGAAAAAAAAAGUAUUAAAUUAUCUUAUGAGGUUUUUUAUGUUUAUCUUUUUAUGGGCUUCUUUUAGACCAUGGAAUUGCGAAAAUGAAUUAAAAAACAUAUCAAAUUUGGGAAUUAAAAGAUCAUUAGCGGAAAAUAAAAAUGUAAUGAUUCAAGAAGAAGAAUCAAUAUACAAUGUGCCAGUGGAAGUAAUAGAAAAUCAUGAAAAAAUAAAACAUGAAGAAGGAAUUUUUAAAAGAUAUAAAAAGGACUUAGAACUAGUUAUCUUAACUAUUACUCUUUUUCUAUCAGUUUUAGCAUUUUUUUUUUCUUUAACAUAUAUAAUCAAAAGUAAUAUAGAUGUUUUUCUUCCGAUUUUUGAGUUAUCUAACAUAUCUAUUUUAAUUAUUUCAAUACUUUUAAUGUUCAAGGAAAUCAAAAUUAAACGUAAAAACAAAUUGAGGUGA